AUGGAGGAGGAGCCUGCUGGAAGAGACUCACGCAUAAUACCAAGCACCACAAAAAAUCUGCUAGCUCAAAGUCUGCUACAAUCGAGCCAGGCAGGAGAAGUGCCAUAUGGAGCUAUUCAAAAGGCAGCAACAGAGUUUGGAGUAUGCAGGAAGACAACCCAAAGAUUAUGGGCAGAAGCAAAACUCCAAAUUCAGAGUGGAGUACCUGUCAACAUAAGAGGCAGAGUUAAGGGUUACGAGCACAAAGACAAAUUCCAGCUUGAUGCUGGCAAGGUAAGAGAUUUGUCAGUUCUUGAGAGAUCUAACAUCCGUAAGCUUGCUUCUAAACUUGAUGUAAGCAAGAGCACAAUUGGUAGGUUUGUGAAAGAACAUCAUCUCAGGCCACACACAAAUGCCAUAAAGCCUCUACUUACUGCCUCAAACAAAGUUGCCAGAAUGAGAUGGGGUCUAAGCCAUAUUCAACCACUCAUAGUCAAUGGUAUGCAGAAAUAUCACACAAUGCACAAUGUAGUGCACAUAGACGAAAAAUGGUUUUACAUGACUAAGACUUCAGAUAGAUACUACCUGCUGCCAGAUGAGAUUGAGCCAUAUAGAUCAUGUAUUUUUCCAUUCACAACUAUGGAGCCAGCAAAGAGGAAAUCCAAGAACAGACCAAGAGGGACUAUGGAGACAAAGCCCAUUCAAUCAGUGAACAAGGAAGUGAUGAGAGAAUGCCUAAUUCAGAAGAUCAUACCAGCAAUCAAGGCAAAAUGGCCAGAGAAUAUAAGCAAAGAGAUAUUCAUUCAACAAGACAAUGCCAAGCCUCAUAUACACCACAAUGAUGCUGAAUUUCUGUCAGUUGCUUCCACAGAUGGGUUCAAGUUCCAUAUCAGGUGCCAACCACCACAAUCCCCAGAUUGCAAUGUGUUGGAUUUGGGAUAUUUUAGAGCAAUCCAAUCUCUACAGGAUGAUAAAGUGGCUAAGGGAGUGGAUGACUUGUUGAGGAAUGUGCAUAGCUCAUUUGAUGAGCUUAGCCCAUACACACUCAACAAUGUUUUCCUUACUCUACAAGGUUGUCUAACUGAGAUACUUAAGGUGCAGGGGGGAAAUGGCUACAAAACUCCACACAUGAAUAAAGAGAGGUUAACAAGGAUGGAGACACUGCCAGAUACAUUAGAGGUUGAAGAAGGAAUUGUGAAGACUGUUGUGGCAUACCUCCAAUAG